AUGGCGAGGAAAGACCGGACAAGAGUCGUAAUCGUUGGCGCAGGCCCUGUAGGCUUGUUGACUGCGUUGAUGCUCGGGAGAUGCGGAAUCGAGGUUGAUGUCUUGGAGACCGCGUUGGAGAUCGAUAUGCGCCCGCGAGGAGCUGCUUAUGGACCUCCAGCAGUCAACGUUCUCAAACGUGCCGGUGUUAUCGACAAAGUUCUCGCGGCUGGGAUGGAAGCCAACGAAAUUUGCUGGAGACAGCUUGGAGGGAGUUAUAUCACUGGCAUAGAAAGACUGAACGACCGCAGCUUCACUGAUCGAACCAUCAUCUUACCUGUCCAUAUUCUAGCUGGCAUACUGAAUGAAGAAGUGAAGGUUCUAAGCAAUGUGAAAGUUUACUGGGGCCAUAAAUUUAGCAGCCUGAGUCAGGAUGAGUCGAGUGUGACUAUCCAAGCUGAAACUGAUGGUGAUAUUAAACCGUUCCAUGCCGAUUUUGUCGUUGGUUGUGAUGGUGGUCGAAGUUCGGUCAGAAAAGCACUCUUUAACGAUUCAUUUCCUGGUUACACGUGGGAUAUGCAGCUAGUAGCCACGAAUAUCCGGUACGAUGGCUUCGAAAAACAUGGAUGGUCAGAUGUACAGUGGAUUAUUCAUCCUGAGCAUUGGGCCUUGGCCUGCAGACUGGACAAAAAGGGCCUUUGGCGAGUUGCUUAUGGUGAGCCGGCUGGCUUGAACGUGGCCCAACUAAGGCAAGGGCUGGCUGCAAAGUUUGAGACCAUUCUUCCAGGAAACCCAAAACCAGGAGAAUACGAACUAUUGAGGUGGAGUCCUUUCGUAAUGCAUCAAAGAUGCGUAGAAAAGAUGCGAGUGGGAAGAAUGCUGCUUGCUGGCGAUGCGGCUCAUCUAUGCAACCCAAUGGGCGGCCUCGGCCUGACUGGCGGGAUCGCUGACGUUGGAAGCCUUAUUGACUGCCUGCAAGGCAUUCAUGAAGGCAGGACUAGCCUCAAAAUUCUCGACGUCUAUGACAAAAAGAGACGCGAGAUCUAUCACAACGUUAUCGAUCCAAUGUCGUCAAGUAACUUGAGACGUAUGUUUCAAGAUGGGUCAACGGCUCUGGAGAAAGAUCCGAUUCUGCAAUACAUCAAUUUCGCCUCCAAAGAGACGGCUGAGACCGCCAAGCUCUUACAUGUAGCCUCUAAUCUACCCUUAUCUCCCGGGAGAAUCAAGCUAAUUCUUCUUCAGAUGCAAGAUGCGCUCACUGCGGACUUGACCGAAUUCUACGACUUGGGUUGA